UGCCGGCUCCGCGGGCCGCCGAGCGAGGGGUUUGCCCAGCAUGUCUCCAGUGGCAGAGAAGGACAGGCCAGUUGUGGAGCUCCUGCUGGAGGCUGGCACGUGCCCACGCUGUGUGCUGAGGUUCUGCUGCGUGGGCUCCCAGCUGCUCUACAGACACCCAGCCCAGGAUCUGCUGAAGGAUCUGCAGGAAUUUCUGAAGAACAGCCAGGAGAAGGAAGGCACAGGCUGUUUGGAUGUGGCUGACCCACCCUGUAAGAGAAUCAGGCUUGAGCACAGCAAGGAGGAAGGUGCUGAUGACCUGACCCACAACGGGGCUGUCCCACAGCUUCCCUCAGCUGGGAAUGCUGAGAGCUCGGCUGGCAAGGUUUGCAACGUGUGCUUGGGGGUUCUCCAGGAGUUCUGUGAAGCUGACUUUGUUAAAAAGGUGUGCCAAAAAGUUAAUUCUGCAGACUACCAGUUCACCAGUUUUGUAUUUUCUGUGUCACUACCCCCACAGCUGUCUGUCAGGGAGCGUGCUGCUUGGCUGGGGGUGAAGCAGCAGAUGAGAAAUCUGGGCCUUCCCUUGGCAAAGGAUGACAUCGUUCAGCUGAAGGAGGCUUAUAAGUGGAUUAUUCACCCCCAGCUGUCAGAAGAGUUGGGUGUUCCUGCUGAUGGAAAGAGUUUGUUUGAAGUUAGCGUGGUCUUUGCUCACCCAGAAACAGACGAGGAGUGCCAUUUCCUAGCCACAGCUUGCCCAGACUGUUUCAAACCAGCGAAGAACAAACAGUCUGUUUUCACCAGAAUGGCAGUUAUAAAAGCCCUGGAGAGGAUAAAAGAAGAGGAUUUUCUCAAGCAUUUUCCAUGUCCCCCAAGUUCACCAAAGAACCUCUGUGAUGCUCUGGAAAUUCAGUGCAAUAAUGGUGCAGUUUUUGUGGCUGGAAGGUACAACAAAUAUUCCAGGAAUUUACCUCAGACCCCCUGGAUUAUUGAUGGGGAGCGGAAGCUGGAAUCUUCAGUGGAAGAAUUAAUCUCAGAGCAUCUGAUGGCAGAAUUCAAGGCAGACAGCUUUAAUUUUAGUUCCUCUGGAAGAGAAGAUGUGGAUGUAAGGACACUAGGCAAUGGCAGGCCCUUUGCCAUGGAGCUGCUGAAUCCCCGCAGGAUCCGCUUCAGCGCCGAGGAGAUGAAGAGGCUGCAGCAGGCAAUUAAUGACUCUUCAGACAAAAUACAGGUUCGAGAUUUACAGCUCGUCACCAGAGAGGCAAUUGGUCGUAUGAAGGAAGGUGAGGAGGAGAAGACAAAGACCUACAGUGCCUUGAUAUGGACAGACAGAGCAAUACAGAGAGAAGACAUCGCGUUUCUAGAUGACAUCAAGGAGCUGAGGCUGGAGCAGAAGACCCCUCUGCGGGUGCUGCACCGGCGGCCGCUGGCCGUGCGCUGCCGGCUCAUCCACACCAUGAGCUGCGAGUACCUGGACGAGCACCACUUCCGCCUGCGCCUCAAGACCCAGGCAGGGACCUACAUUAAAGAGUUCGUGCACGGAGACUUCGGGAGAACAAAGCCCAACAUUGGGUCCCUUCUGAACAGAACUGCUGACAUUCUGGAGCUGGAUGUAGAAUCUGUUGAUGUUGACUGGCCUCCAACCCUGGCUGAUUAACUUCUGGAGCUGGGAUGAGGAAGCAGCAGCUCCCUGGCAGCAGCUGGUGACCAGACACUGUGCAGGAUCUGUUACAGCCUGGGUGCCAAGGGUGUCCCUGGAAUGCUGGGAUCAUGUUGAUCUGACAGAGGAUACCCUUGGGCUCCACUUUACACACUCAGGACCAGGUAGUGUUGGUUCAGUCUCUAGCCUUACUUUUAUUUCUUCUGUACAUAAAAAGAUUUUGGGGAGCCAGUGUCUGUAACCCUCCAACCAGCCAGGUUUUAUUUUAAACUCUUUUUCUAUUGGAUACCACAGCUUUCCUUGUGUGGAUGCAGGUAACACUGAGUUACCUGAAACCCACUCCCUAAUUUUUCUGAGCAGUUCAUGCAGGAAAUCCCAAAAUCCAGGGAGACUGCCUGCAGCAAGUUUCCCUGAGACACUGCUUUUUUUUUUUUUUUUUUUUUGGUCAGUGGCAGUAGAGAGGAGCAGAUUUGUCUCUCAGAGUGCUUUUCAAAGGAAAAAAAAAAAAAAGUUUUCAGAGGAGAACUUUGCACUUAAAACCAAGUUUUUUCAUUUAAAAACGUUGGGGAUGCUUCCUAGAAACAAGAGUUGAGGCCUCCUCAGCCUUUUUAGGAGUAGGAAUUCCCCAGUGAGUCACAAUAUACAGAAAGUCUGGGAACUCCUGGCAGUGGUGCGUGAUGGGAAUCUAAAAAAAACAGGAACACCAAGAAUGUCAACGUGCAGGCAGAAACAAAAGGUACCACAGGGUGCUGGUAUCAAGAGAGAUGAGAGAUAAAAAGCUGUGACUUAGCAGCAUAAUGCAUUUUUUCUUGUACCUCACUUUGGAUGGAUGCCUGGAAGAGCUGAACACAGCCUAGGAACUUGCCUGGAAUAGGGAAGAUCUGAGGGUUUUUUUGGUUAUUUUAAAUGUUUCCUACCAGGCACCACCAACAUCUUUAGGAAGUAAUUUUUUUAUACCAGUAUCAUGUUAAUCCAUUAGGGAGGUGCUUCCCUGAAGUACAGAGGAGAGUGAAACUAUCAACAAAAAAUUAAAGUUUGGAAUUUCAGAGCUCUUUGUUAACAUUUUGGGGAUGAAGAGGGUAACAUCUGCCAAGACAAGCCACUGUCUGGGGACAGGGAGGAUGACUGGGAUGUCUUCCCUGGAAUUCAGUGAUGCUAGAACAGCUCCAUGAGAGCUUGAGCUAGAGGCUCUAAGUGUUAAUAAAUACAUUUUUAAGGAGCUCCUUUAAGGCUCUGCCUGUG